AGAGCGUAUGAUAUCCCUUUCGCACACGGCUAUUCAUUCACGCGGAGCGCCUAACUAAUAUUUGUAUCUGGAAUUCGGGAUAGCGCGCUUGCAGCUGUCAAAUCAAGCGAUAGGCGGCUACACGUAACCCUUAUCCUAUCUAAUAAAUUUAAUAAACUAAUAUUUAUUUUACAGUGUUUUUACUUGUGUUUUGUUAUGGAAAAACAAUGUGAAAAGUGGUUGUUAAUGUAAUAUUUCUAAGUAACUUGUAUCCUUUUUGACUACACAAAUCGAUUGUAGACGCAAAAUGUGAGGUUUCAUUCUCACUGUGUCAAAGUGUAUAGUGAUAUGAAGGUGGAUCUUGUGAUAGUGGACCUUUAGUUACAAAAACUCAAAAAGGAUACAUUGAGAAAAGAAAAUGCGGAUCAAGAGCUUCAACGAUUAUCGCCCGAAUGGGCCACCGCCACGGCUGGGGCUGAAGGCGGCGAGCCCCGGUGUCGCUACGGACGAGGACUGCAACAGCAACACAAGCCUCACCGGCAGCCAGCACUCUGCGCACGAUGAUCUCGACGCACAUUGCGACAACUCUGGCUACCUCUGGUUCUUAGAUUAUAACCCAAUAUUUCGAGACGGCUCGUGCCAUCACACCUCAGUCCUCUCCUCCGUGUCGGCUUCAUACAAAGGUAUCGGCGAUCUCGCAUCUCGUUUUGAGUUCACUUCCCGCUACAACGACAUCGCCAGGGACCUAGAUGCGAACCUCGCCGAGGCCGACAUGGAAAGCUUCAAGACCGAAGACAUUCAUGCACUGCUGAUGACCGCAAAUCUGCCUCACGACGCCAUCAUCGACGAUAGAACGCAUGAUGGCGAAGAAUCAGUCGGCUCGAUCAACACGAUGUCCAUAUGCAAAUCAGAGCUGCUCUUCUCUCCGGUAAAGGAGGGGGUUCACGGCGUUCACUUCAGUGUGGACAGCCUGGACUGCGAGCUGCCCACGGAGCAGGAUCUUAUCCUUACCUGCCAGGCUAAUAAGGACAACUAUACUAUUGCCUUUGAGGGCAGCCUCACCACAUAUUCUGAGGACAGUGAGUGCGUCGAGCUUGCCGUCAAUCACAAACAUGACAAAUUGGGUAAAGAAGAUGUGAACGUAAUUUUAGAUAAUAAUGAAAGAACGCGCAGGAAUUUAGAAUUAUUAGAGAGAUGUAAGAAAAUAACUAAUAAAUUAACCACUUCUAUGGCAAGAAGUGACUUAGGAUUAACUACUUGGAGUAAAUUAAAAAAACAAAGCAGUCAAUCACCGCUAAGGAGGCACCCAUCUGGAAAUAAUAAUGAAGAUUCUAAUGAUGCCGCUGAUAUGACAAGCGAAAUGAACAACUCAGUUAUCAAAAGCCAAAGUUUACCUAAUCUUUAUAGGCGGAAGCUUCUUAAUAGUUCUAUAAAUUCUAAUGUACUAAGUACUUCUACAGUUGAUUCCUUUUCCACGAACCAAAGACUAACUGGCACACCUACAUGUAUGAAAGUAUACGACGUAUUACAAAAUCGAUCAUCACAUGGUAGUCAACAUUCAGAACCCAUGAGCACAUCAUCCACUGAAAAUCAUACUUCUUGUGACAAAAGUCAAUCAAAACAACAAUUCAAUUUAGUGAAGCUUUUCAUGAAACAGAAAAGCAUGAGUAAUGAUGGAAUUGUUUGCAUGGAUCAACUGGACCGAUCUGAAUGCUGGCCCUCCAGUUCUGGAGGUGAAAGUGGAGAUUCCAUGGGAGAACCAAAAGUAGAAUUGAAACUAACGGAACGUCCACAAGCAGAAUUACCAAGUAACAUAGAGGAUAACUCAAAUAUUUACGAAGAAAUACCACCAUCAAAUCCUUAUAAUAAUAGAGUCUAUGAUGAAGUUUUGAUUGAAGAAGAAGAAUUUAUUGAAGAUCCUAAAUUGAAUGAAAGUGACACAUUAUAUGCGACAGUUAAUAAGCCUCAUAUAAAAAGGGCGAACUUAAAUACUACCAGUCCAUCAAAACUGAAAAGCAACAGAAAAUCAUACUCUUCCCAAUCAUCCGCUACUAGUGUGAGCAUUUCAAGCUGUUCCGAGUCAGAUGGUACCCAAAUUACAAAAAUGCAUAAAGUCUUACAUAGAGAAGCAAGUGACAAUAAAACAACAUCAACACACAUAGAAACUGAUACAAUAGAUAAAAGUAUGCAAACAUCAAGUAUGCAACUAUCAAGUCUUACUCAUGAACGUGAAAUUCUAAAAUUGGUUGAACCAUCUUUUCUCGAGAAAUUGAAAGAGGGUGAUUGCGAAAAACCUGUUUUUGUAUUAUACCCUAAUUACACUUUACCUGAUAUUAGUUUCUUGAAUGGUAGACCUAAUAUAUAUCUAAAUCCAGUAAAAGUUAAUGUGUCGCCUAAAACAAGUGAAAAUAAAAGAAACCGAUUGCAUGUUAAAGGCAAACGACCAUUUUCUUGCAAUGAUUUAGAAAUGUUAAAGAAAAAAGGGGUUGGUCAUAUAAAAGAUUGGGACUCCCUAAACUUUUUACUACCAGUUGAAUGUAGACAGCUUUUAUCGGAAAUACCCGAGUUAACACAAAAUACAAAAUGCACUGAAAAGUAUUGCAACGCUUCACCUUCAUCGAAAUCCAAGAAAAGGCCUACAAGCUGCGAUUGCAACAACAUGGCAGGAAAUGUUACUGCAGUAUCAUCGAGUUCUAGCACAGCAACACAACCUUCUUCUGGAUAUCGCGGAUCAUCAACAAUGCUUACCGACUCUUCCGCUCAAAAUAGUCCAGCUCCAGCUAGUAAUUACAAUCCACUUUUUGUUUACCGAUAUGAAAGUGCAACUAGUUCAGAAGCUAGUACUAUGAAUAAUGAUGGUCAAAGAAUAAAUCCUGUUAUACCCAAGAGAUCAUUAUCUUUAGCUGAUCAAAACAGGACUGGCAAACAGGGAGAAUUAGCUCCCCCUAGACCACCCCUACCAAAGAGUAUAUUACGCAAAUCUAUGGACAAAACACGCAAAUCAAGUUCUCAUACAAAGCGUUACAGUAUGUUCGAUAUGGAAGAUUUUAUGCAAGAUCCCGUAAUAUGUGCGACGGCUGCAACUGAACACAAAACGAAGAGAAGAUCUUUACAAGAACCAUAUUACCUUCAGAACCAAAUCUUAGACUAUAGAAAAAAUAAUGAUUUAGCAGCAAAAAGAUUAUCUCAACAAUUUCUUGACGCCGCUGAGAAGGACGCCGAUUAUAAUGAAUAUUACCAAGAUGAAGGUGUUGGAACCGAAAGUAGCCUAGAUUCUGGAAAAUCUAAUGAACUCAAGUUCCACAGACCACACACGCCACCAUUGCCAAAGCCAAGAAGUAAAAAAAUAGAAUACACAGAGUUCCCACCCCCAGGAGCUUUGAUUAGUAGCGCAGAUUUGCAACAAUUAGAAGAAUUUUUGAAAUUAAGCGGAUUUAACUGCCAAAACAUGGACGAAUGGGACCAAAACCAAGUACAAAAGGUAAGGAAUCAGGUUUCUAAAUUCCUCCAAAUGAAACGAUCUCAGGAGGAGAAUCAGAGGUCAACCGAAUCAAGCGGUAGUAGUUGUAACAGCAAAAAGUCAGUAAGCUUUGCCCAGAAAUCUGAAGCAAAGAUCGAAGGUCAGCAGACUCAGUUGAAACCUGUGGAUGAGUUAAGAGUUGACACUCUUACAACUCCACCUAACUCUCCAAAUAUUUCAGCGGUGGCCACUCAAAGACAUUAUCAGGGCAAGAAUUUAGCUGAAAUUCCAAUUUGUGAAGAAGGUGAAGUAAGUCCUGAUGAAUUCAUCAGUCCCAUUCAUCAUGAAGGAAGAGGAAAAUAUGACUUUAUCGAUGUGUCACAAAAAAGAGCAUUAGUCUCAAAUGUGACGGAUGCUGUCGAAAUGCUAAUUCAACAUUUCUCUCCCGCAACGGAUCAGGCAGAACUCGCCUUUUUAGGCGAUUCUAAACAUUCUCCAGCGUGUGCUAAAAUAGCCUUGAAUGCUCUGUGCCCCGCUUUAUAUGCAAUUUUCAGAGAUGGCCUAAAAGAGAACAUUGAAACUUCUUUUGGAGCCGUCAAUAAUUCUGUUUGGCAAAUGGUAGAAGCUACAGCUAGACAAGGUCCAAUAACGAAGUCCUUGAACGAGUUAGUAUUACGGAUAAACAGUGAGGAUGCGGUGACCGAAGGUCUUGUGAAAUUUAAUGCUUUUUUACUCGGACUACUCAAUGCACAAUCGGUUGAUGCAUGGGUGUCAUACGUGAGGACAAGAGAGUCUAUCCUCGCAAAACAUUAUGGGCCUGAUUCUUUAAUUCUUGCUGGUUGUGUUGGAGAACCGCGAUGCCGAGUGCUCUUGGAUUCUUUGUUAACGAGCCUAGAGCCUUUAAAACUUCUACCCUUCUCCCUAGACCUGAUGUUCGAAAUGCGCGAGCUACAUAGAAGUUUCAAGAGGAUAGAGAGUGAAAUGCGUGCUGCUAGUCGGCUGGAUACAAGUGGAGAGGAGCCAUUCAGGCCCGGAUCAGCGGGUAGCAGCGCAAGCGCUAACACCGGUCACAGUAGCAACAAUUCUGGUGGAAAAUUCCGAAGAUUGCAACUCAAAUGGGAACUUCUCAGUAACGCGGAGAGCCCUGUAACACCAACAGGCGAAACAUCGCCUGCUGCUAGUCGGGGCUCAAAAAUCCCACGGCCAGUAUCAUCGCCCGUACGUCCUCAAGCGCCUACACUACAGUCUCCAGCUAAGAAUCAGCAUCGCGGUAUACCAGUACCAGUGAAAAAAGGUAACUCGCCUACUACAAGUACACCGCGUAGUGCCACAGCAAGGUCAAAUGUAACAAGCAAAAAGCCGCCGCAACCUGCUAAUAGGACAUCCCGUGUAGAUCAACCGUGGCAAGCAGGUUCUGCUCCACGCCCUUCAUCAUUACCUUACGGACGGGCACCACCAGCAGCUGCUCCGAGGAGAGCGGCUUCCUCUUCAGCGUCACGACCUCAUCACACCACCACUCAGCAAAAACAUAGGUACGUGAGAACGUUAUGGCAUCGAUUACCAUCAGACUCGGGCCAUCUGGCUUUCAACGAAGGAGAGCGACUACGGCUGAUACUGGAGGUCGACGACCAGUACUUGCUGUGUUGUAGAGGCGACCAUAAAGGUCUAGUUCCUCGCGACGCUGUCUUGUUGGAGGAUUUCUGA